GUCAAAUACGGAUUUGCAGAAGAGCUCGCUUGGAUAGUACGUUUCAGAGCGUCAAGCCAAGUGGUCAUGGCUUCGGGAGCAUCUUUCAUCUCCUAUUCUUGACCUUUGGCUAGGGCUGUGCCCCCAUUGGUAGUGAUAUUGUGUUAGGCUUAUGAAGUGCUAGUGGCCGCAAGGGUAAAAAGAAAAUAUUUUGCCUCUUCUUGGAAAAAGAAAUAUGUUUUUGGCAUAGUAUCUUGGAACCUCAACGAGUAUCAGUUGUCGAAGGAUGGUGGAACUCACGACGCCCACGACCCUGACAAAUUUUGAGGAUCUGUUAAAUUUGAUUGGAGGAUGGUGUCGAUAUCAGAAGACCUUGCUGGCCUUUUUCUUCUUCAAUUGCAUGUUUCUGGCGUAUGCAGCCUACACGCCAGUGCUGUUUCUCUACACUCCCGAUCAUUUUUGCUCUGUGGAUCAUAUUUGGAAUGCCACGGGUUCACAAGAGUUGCUGUGGCAUGAAGACCAAGUGCUAAACCUACUGAUACCAAUUGAGGAGUUCAGUGGAAAAAGAAGCAAAUGCCUCAUGUAUAAUGUUUCCGUGGAUGUGGUAAGAUUUUGUGCCAGUACCGUUUGGUUUCCGUUGAAUACCAGAUUGCAAUUUACCACCAGAGGUUAUAACCUCUCGGAGUUGACAGCCCUGGAAAUGGAAAAUCGGACAGAAUUCGAAAAGAUUCCUUGCUCUCACGGAUGGUAUUACAACACCACUGGAUUGUUCACCUCAGUUAUUACCGACAUGGACUGGGUCUGCGAUGAUGCCUGGAAGGGCCCUUUUAGCCAAUCCAUGUUUUCGAUUGGAGCCCUAUUUGGCACACUCCUUUUUGGCUACAUGGCUGAUACUUAUGGAAGACUCUCGGCGUGGUAUGCUUCUAAUAUCGUGCUCAUGGUGGCUGGCUUGGCCACUCCGUUCAUGUCGGAAUUCAUAGGAUUUUCGUGUAUGCGAUUCUUGCAAGGGAUGUCUUACGACAGCUUCUUCACCAUCUUCUACGUGCUAGCAUUGGAAUGUGUCUCGUCCGAUAAAAGAGCCUUAAUCGGGAAUUUGGCUCUGGCCAUUGGGAUGACAGUGGCAGGAUGUUAUGAACCUUGGACAUUGUACUUCUUACAAAACUGGAAGAUCCUCAAUACGAUUCUCUACGCACAAGUAGCCGUGAUUAUCCUGGCACCAUGGUUUGUGUUUGAGUCUAUUCGUUGGUUGGCUAGCCAAGGGAGAAUAGACGAAGCUUACGAAACAAUCUUGAAGAUUGCCAAAGUCAAUGGAAUGGAAAUCGACCCAAGUCUAGAAUCCCAAAUCAAGAAAAUAUUGGCCAAUGAAGAGGAAAUUAAGCCUGAGGGUGAAAUGCAAAAGAAAGCGACUCUGCUAGAUCUAAUGAGGAAACCUAACCUGCGCAAGAACUUUAUAAUCAUGGUCAUCGUAUUUAUGUUGACAUAUGGGCUCUUCGAUACAAACGUGAGGGUCAUUGGCAACCUGGAACAAAGUAUUUACAUCACGUUCACAAUAUCGUCCUUCUUGGAGCUCCCGGCGGACUUAUUGGCUAUAUUGGGUUUGGAUUGGAUUGGCCGGCGAUGGUCUGCUUUUACAUCCCUGCUUUUCAGUGGAAUUGCAAUGGGAGUAGGAUCUCUAAUGACAAGUUAUCCUUUGAUUGUGAUGAUAUUGACCAUGUUCGGCCGUUUUUUCGUUACAUACGCUCUGAAUACAGCUUUGAACAUCGGCUUGGAAAUUAUCCCAACCGUGGUGAGAGGGCAGGGUUUGGCCGUGGGCCGAUUGAUGUCUUGUCUGGCUAUAUUCUGUUCACCCUAUAUAGUAUUUACGGGAACCAUCGACAAGAGCAUCCCGUACAUCAUCAUUGCCAUCGUGAGCUUUUUUGCCGCCUGUAUGGCAACGUUGUUACCGGAAACUGCAGAUGAGGAAUUGCCGGAUACGUUGGAAGAUGGAGAAAAAUUUGGAAAAAAACAGAGCUUUUGGAACGUUCCUUUUCUGAAGAAUAGAAAAGAAACCCAACAAAUAAAUUUGUGAUGAUAAUCUCAUAACAUACGGUUUAAUACCACAAUGCAAAUGCUUAAGUUGAAUAGGUCUUUAUACAUCUUAAAAUGUUAAGUUCAUGAAAACAUCAGUUUUUACAUCUGUGGACUCUGAUGUACAAUCUAUCUCUUGGACUGAAAACUGGAAAAAUAAAUGGAUGAACGACU